GAGGAGGAGAGUAGGAGGAACAAAGACAUAGUGAGGGAGAACAGGAAAGUGGUGUGUGUAUUGAGAAGAGAGUGGACUGACGGAGAGGUAGAGAGUAGAGGGGUACAUAAGAGAAGCGUUGUGAGGAGGUUGCUCUGUUUUUGUCCUUUGGAAAACCUUUUCCCUGUUGGUGUCGUGCUGGCUUGUUAUGGAUGCUAUCAUGCUGCAGGAGAAACUAGUGGAACGCUUGCUGUGCCCUCGAGUCAGAACCGCGAGGCGGAAGGAGAAGCAGUAUGUGGGCUUUGCCACCCUCCCUAACCAGGUGCACAGGAAGUCAGUGAAAAAGGGUUUUGACUUCACUCUCAUGGUCGCCGGGGAGUCUGGUAUGGGUAAAUCUACUCUUGUCAACAGCCUGUUCCUCACAGACCUGUACAAGGACAGGAAACUACUCAACGCUGAGGAGCGUAUCAACCAGACAGUGGAAAUCAUUAAGCAUACAGUGGACAUUGAGGAGAAAGGAGUGAAGCUCAAAUUGACCAUUGUAGACACGCCAGGGUUUGGAGACGCUGUCAACAACAAUGAAUGCUGGAAGCCGAUCACAGACUACAUCGACCAGCAGUUUGAGCAGUACUUCAGAGAUGAGAGUGGACUGAACAGGAAGAAUAUACAGGACAACAGAGUCCACUGCUGCCUCUACUUUAUUCCUCCGUUCGGACACGGACUGCGUCCAGUAGAUGUUGAGUUUAUGAAGGCUCUCCAUGAGAAGGUGAACGUGGUUCCUCUCAUUGCCAAGGCUGACUGUCUCACUCCCAAUGAGAUCAAGAAACUCAAAGACAGGGUCCGUGAGGAAAUUGAGAGGUUUGGCAUUAAGGUGUACCAGUUCCCAGAGUGUGACUCUGAUGAGGACGAGGAGUUCAAACAACUGGACAAAGAACUGAAGGAGUGCUGUCCGUUAGCAGUGAUUGGCAGUAACACAGUGGUUGAGGCCAGGGGCCAGAGAGUGAGAGGGAGACUCUAUCCAUGGGGUAUUGUGGAAGUGGAGAACCAGUCUCACUGUGACUUUGUGAAGCUGAGGAACAUGUUGAUUCGCUCUCACAUGCAUGACCUCAAAGACGUGACAUGUGAUGUGCACUAUGAGAACUACAGAGCCCAGUGUAUACAGGACAUGACCAGUAAACUGACGCAGGACAACCGCAUGGAAAGCCCGAUCCCCAUCCUGCCCCUAUCCACCCCAGAUGUGGAGACAGACAGACUCAUCAAGAUGAAAGAUGAAGAGUUGGCGAGGAUGCAAGAGAUGCUAAAUAAGAUGCAGCAGCAGAUCCAUGAUGGGAAGGACCAGUGAGCUACAACCCCAUCUGCUGGCCACUGAACUACAACCACAACUUCAGACAUGUUACUUACAUACCAACUAUAAUGUAAUCAGGGGUGAAAGUAUAUUUAAUGAGGACCUCCUAUGAGUGCACGUGCACGCCAUUUUGUUAUGGGCCUAAUAAUAUAAUUAGUUAUAGAAUCCCUAUUAAUUUAAUAGGAUCUCUGUGACCUAAUAGUAAAGAUUACUGUUAACUUUUAAAAUGUAUUGGCCUACCUAUUAAUGUAUCAUAAACACAACCAGUCAUAAUGUUUUCAUCUGAUUGUCAAACAAUGACUCCAAAAGGCUCCUAUAGGCUUCCCGCGCACAUUAUUCCACUCGUAAAUAAUUCCCGCAUCCGUGCACUGUGCACCUGCCAUUUGAUAAAUGCUAAGAGACAUCAGUUGCAAAACACCAAAACAUUUAGUGAAUGACAUUCUGUGAUGGUCAUUCACUAGGCCUACAAAAGUUUUGUAACCUCAAUUGAUGUGUCCUCUGCUGUCCACUCCCGUCUCUGCCACUUAUCUCUGCCUUGGCAAAAUGUAUGUGUUACUGUCGAACCACGCUGCAUUUUCGAGCGUAACCCAAUCUUUUUUGUCUGUUCGCUCAUUCUUCAUGCGGUAAUGAUAAGUAAUAGUAUAUAAGCCUACAGUUUUCUUGGAAUCACUAUGUUUUAAUUAUUGUGACAGGCUCAUGCUUUACCGGUACAGUGUACCCCCACAAUUUAUUUUGCCGGUACUCCGUACAGGACCUGCUUUACUUUCACCCCUGGAUAUAAUCAGCACUGUGUUGGGGGAGAACAGUAGCUGCAUGUUCAUUGGUCAUUUGUUUUUUGGUGCUUGCAUAUUUGGUCUGUCCUGCAACGAGAAAUGUGCUGUUUUUACUGUAUCUUGUGUCCAUUUGAAACCCAUUAAUACUAUUGACGGUCCUAGUAACAUAUGACAUAACAUAAACAUGUAAUAUAAAUGACCUGUUAAAUGUAUCCAAUUUAUAAAUAUGGUGAAUACUUUUGGGAUAUUCUGUCAGGUUGUUGUUGAGUGCGUGUGUGUGUGUGUGUGUGUGUGUGUGUGUGUGUGUUUCCAAAUGUAUCACCCUCUGUUACGAGAACCUUGUUCUGCUUUGAAACUGUGAGAAUCCGCUGUCCCUUUCUUAGUGGCAUUUCUUGUAUGUUCUAGCUACAGACUAAUGAACAAUAGGCUACCUAAGAAUCUGAACAUAAAUGUAACGUAUUAACUUUUUACUGCUAGUCUCUACUUCGACUUGUUGAGAAGUUGAGAAGACCUUUCUCAUGUUUUGGUGCUUGUGAAUUAGAUUGAACAUGUCUCUAGCGCCAGUUGCUUACCUUACAGUGAAUUGAACCCCUCUGACAUACAGUACAUAGCAAAUGAAAGGGUAGGGACAGAACAGUGAAGGGUGCAUGUGCAAGCAUGCCGAAGUUACUCAAAUCUGCUUACAGCUGGAUUUCCACUCUCUCAUAUGAUGCAAUGUGUUUGUUCUGAAAUGCAUUAUGACCUAUGCCAAGGUACCACUAUGGGAUGGGAAAAAGAGGCCACAUUUUAAGAGGAGCUACUGUAUAUGCUUCUGUCCAAUAUGGCAAAUCCGUGUGUGUGUGAAGUUUAUGCUGCCCUCUGGCUGUGUCAUACAGGAUGGUGAUUGUGGCUUUUUAUAGUGCUAGCGCUCAGAGGACGUGGUGGAACUACUGACCAGGUUAUGAGGACGAAUAAACAGUCUUGAUUCAUA